CAUCCAGCUCUGAUUUAUCCAAAUUGAUGACCUAGAAUUCAAUAUGAAGCUCCAAAAGAAGUGAAAGGAGAACAACAGUCCCAGAAGGUAUUUAGUAAAGCUCGUGAUGCAGCUAUGAAAGUGAAGAGAGAACUACAAUGGUACAAGGAGGUGGAGAGGACGGUACCAUCUUCAUAUAUACUUCUUGCUAACAGGAAUGGAGAAACUCCUUCAGAUUUGUUCUCAAACUAUCACUAUAACUUAGUCAAAGAAGGAGAACAAUGGAUGAGAGAUACAGCAGGAUCAUUCACAAUCGUGGCCGCUCUCAUUGUCACUGUUAUGUUUGCGGCAGCCUUCACAUUACCAGGUGGCACUGAAGAAAAAUCAGGAAACCCCAAGUUCCUACAGCGCAACUCCUUUAUGGUUUUCAUUCUAUCAGAUGCAAUCUCUCUAUUCUCUUCAGUUACUGUUAAUGUUCCUGAGCAUUCUCACUUCACGCUGUACGAAAGAUGAUUUCCUCAACUCAUUACCCAAGAGACUAAUAAUUGGUCUCGCCUCCCUUUUCUUAUCUAUUGCCACAAUGAUGGUCACUUUUGUUGCCACCCUUGGUAUUGUGCUUGGUGAACGGAGAAGAAUGGUUGUUGUUCCAAUCGAUUUGCUUGCUAGUGUCACAGUAACCUCAUUUGUCCUAUUGCAAUUUCCCUUGUUUGUUGACAUUUUCUCAUCUACCUAUGGACGCGGUAUCUUCAACCGGAAAACAAAAUGUUCUUUCUUCAACAUCCCAAAUCAGUAUGCUCCUCCAAAACUCAGACGUUUCUUGUAAUUAAUAUGCAAUGAUUGUGGAAUUACUAUGUCAUUUACAUCCCUAUUUGCACUAGUAAUUAUGUACGUGAAUGAUGGUUCAAGCAGAAUAAGAGAGUGCUUAUAUUUAUGAAACAUGAAAUGAGUGUUCUUUUUAUUU